AUGGGACAGGACUCAUUUUAUCGAUUACAGGAAGGAGGAUCAUGGGAAGUUCGUGUAUCAUUAGCAGCCGUCGGACAAUGGGUGCGUUCUCUGGGCAGAAUCAAACCGCAGGAUGCGUUCGGGGAUGGUGCACCGCUCCCGCAAAGCUCCUCUGCUGAAGAAAUCCGGGCGUUGACUACUACCUGGAAGACGCAGAAUGGAGGGACAAUGACGGCUUUGAAGCAUCCCGCAGUGAUGUCGAACACUCCGGUCAGAGAAGGACGGGAAGGGGAGCCCAGUGCCCCGGUAGCGUUGAACGCACAUCGAGCUGCGUGGUCGUGA